UAUGUGUUUUAAUAAAGGAUUAAAUUCAUUUCCUAAACAAUUACCAUGGAGAUCAACAUCACUUAUUCUUGGAGGGAAUAAUAUCGGGAUUAUUAGACCCUAUUCUCUCGUAUCUGGUUCAUUGAGUUAUGUUAGCCUAUCAAAUAAUGGAAUAAUGUCGAUAGAACCCUAUGGUUUAUCUGGAUUGUAUUCAUUAGUGUAUUUAGUUUUAAAUAUGAAUGAAUUAAAGAAAAUUGAAAAGUAUACUUUUUCUGGUUUAAAGAAGCUGAAACAUCUAAACUUGGAAGAGAAUCUUAUAAAAUAUAUACACGAAGAUGCUUUUAAAGAACUAACUAAUCUACAAAAACUUACUGUAAAGAAUAAUCCGCUAUCAACCAUAGCGGAAAAGACAUUUCAACUAGAAACGUUAUUCUUUUUAAACUUGGAAGAUUGCCAAAUUAAGUGGGAUUCAACUUAUCAGCUUCUUAUUCGAAGAAGUUUGAGAACUUUAAAACUUUUGAAUAAUAAAAUUUCAGGUAUCGGCUCAAAAUUUCUACCUAAUGAUCAUCGAAUUAUUUCAUUGAAUUUAAGAGGUAUGGAUAUACAUAAUUUCAAUUCAAAUAUGGUUAAAAAUGGUAAAAUAAGCUAUUUCUAUGUGAAAAAUGGAGAACUAUGCGGAAUAGUUGAAAGUUAUGAAUGUAAAGUAUAUUUGGAUUAG